AUGGAGCGCCUGCACUCAGCUACGAGGCUUCUCUGCAUCAUCCCGAUAUCGACGACGGGUAUGACAGAUGACUUGACGCGGCUGCAUCCAUCAAGACCCGACGUCGAAAUCACCUUCAUCGAUGGCCGAGACCUCGUCGAGUGUCCGCCGUGCAUCGAGAACCAUGAACAGGCGCUGCAGUCGACAAAGGCCGUCCUGCCUAGGGCGAUAGACUACAUCAACUCAAAACCAGUUGACGCGGUUCUCGUGUGUUGCUUCUCAGAUCACCCGCUCGUCUACGCCCUCCAGGAGAUCUUGAUAAUCCCCAUCACUGGAAUAUUCCAAGCUGCGCUGCAGGAAGGGACCCAAGAUGGUGGGAAGCUUGGAAUCGUCACGACGGCGCAAGCUUGGGAACCAAUCCUGACAAAAUCUGUGGCCGAUCUUGGGUAUGAAGGCACGUCGGCAGGUGUGCUUGCCACGGGCUUGGGAGUCCUGGAGCUGGAGAGCUUGGAGCGUGGCGUUGUCGUCGAGCGCAUAGCGAGCUUCGCGAGGCGGCUGAUCGACAAUGGCGCGACUAGCAUCAUCCUCGGGUGCGCGGGCAUGGCUGCGUUGGAGGACGGCAUUCAAAAGGCGCUUCCACAGAGCGCAGCGACAAUCGACGGCGUUCGAUCCGGCAUCAAUAUUCUGACUAGGCUAGCCCAGAAAAGGGCGCGAUCAGAAGACACAACAUGGACGAACGACGCAAAGAGAAACUGCGCGGUGCAAAGCAAGGAAUUGGUUGGCAACUUGGAGCAUGUUUACUAG